UGUUGACACUUUAAGCGGUCGUGGCUGACACACGUGUUUCAAAUCUAACCAACAUAAAAUUUAUAGUUGCUAAUUAGAAGUUUAAUAUAAUGUGGUCUUAUUGAAAUUCAACGCAACAAGGUAUUUUUCACUUGGGUUUACAAUGUCACACAGCAAAAUAUUUUCGGGAAAUCGUGCUCUAGGAUACGUCAGUAAUCACGUACCUCUGGUUACAAGGUACAUUAAAAGAAGAAAAGAAAAUUUGAUAGUAACGUGCGUAGGUAGAGCAUUUCACACCUAUGGGUGCUCUCACUUCACGCUAUUAAGCGUCUCUGGUAUACACGAUGCAGAUAUAACUUGCAUAUCUGCCGAUGCUUGGCAUGUCUUUACAGCAAGUGAAAACAAAAUUUAUGCUUGGAGGCGUGGAACAGAAUUAAAACAUACUUACACAGGUCACGAGUCACCCGUUCACAUCCUGUUACCCUUUGGAGCUCACCUAAUAUCCAUAGACGAGGAUAGUAAUUUAAAGGUGUGGGAGAUCAAAACAGAAGACAUUAUCUUGGAGCUAAACUUUGCUAAUAGUAUUUUUCAAGUCACAACAAUCGUACAUCCAAGUACAUAUAUAAAUAAAGUCUUACUUGGAAGCGAGCAAGGAGAACUGCAGUUGUGGAAUUUGAAGAGUGCCAAGAUGAUUUACACUUUUGCAGGGUGGAACUCUCCUGUGAGUGUUUUGGAACAAGCCCCAGCCAUUGAUGUCAUAGCUGUUGGUUUAGCCAGUGGAAAGAUCAUCUUGCAUAACAUCAAAUAUGACACAAUAGUGAUGGAAUUCAUCCAAGACUGGGGGAUGGUAACUUCGAUCGGCUUUAGAAGUGAUGGGCAUCCUAUAAUGGCUACAGGGAGUUUGGCUGGUCACAUAGUUUUUUGGAAUUUAGAGAAAAAAAGGGUUGACUAUCAGUUAUCAAAUGCUCACUUUGGUUCAGUAACUGGCCUCAAAAGUCUCCCAAAUGAACCUCUUCUAGUAACUUCAUCCCCGGAUAAUUCCCUGAAGUUGUGGAUUUUUGACUUAGCGGAUGGAGGUGCCAGACUUCUAAGGGUACGUGAGGGUCACAUGGAACCACCGACCUUUAUUCGGUUUCAUGGGAGUGAUGGAAAUAAUAUACUGAGUGCUGGAGGAGAUUCUUCUCUGAGAAUAUUCUCUACUCUCACUGAAACUUUUAACAAAAGCCUUGGGAGAGCGUCCUUCAAUAGAAAAGCAUCGAAGAAAAAGAGUAGAGCUAUGGAAGACCCAUUAAUUAUGCCAUCAAUAACGGGAUUGGCUUCUGAAUCAGCUAGGGAAAAAGACUGGGACAACAUAGCUGCGUCCCAUUUGGGUUUGGGCGUUGUUACCACAUGGUCUUAUGACAAAUUAAAAAUGGGAGAGCUGAAAUUAUUACCAAAGAGAUUUGACCACAAACCUAAUGCUACAGCCACCAGUCUUUGCAUAACCCAUUGUGGCAAUUUUGUUAUAAUCGGAUAUAGCACGGGGCACACUGACAGAUUCAACAUGCAAUCAGGCAUACACAGGGCCACCUAUGGAGGAGAAACUGGAGGGCACUCAGCUGCUGUGAGUGGAGUAGCUGUUGAUGCCUUAAACCAAAUCGUUGUGACAACAGGCAGAGAUGCUUUCAUCAAAUUCUGGCAUUUCAAAACCUCAAAAGAUUCUUCACCUAAGACUAUAAUUGAAGUAAAGGAGUCUGUUGAAUGGGUGCGAAGUCACGCAGAAACGUCGCUUCUGGCAUUGGCAUUGGAGGAUUUGAGCAUAGUACUUAUCGAUUUAGAUACUAGAAGGAUAGUUCGUCAUUUUUACGGGCACACUGGCCGCAUUACAGAUGCAACGUUCAGUCCCGAUGCUCGAUGGUUGAUAACAGCCUCAAUGGAUCACACCAUUCGUACAUGGGAUAUACCAUCUGCGCAGCUUGUUGAUAUUUUUAGUGUUGAAGAAGCAUGCAUAUCUUUAAAUUUUUCCCCAACUGGACAAUACCUCGCUACUGCACAUGUUUGUAAUCUGGGAAUUUAUCUGUGGUCAAACCGAACUCUGUAUUCUCAUGUGUCACUGACAUCAUUACCGGCCGAUACCAGUGGCCCUAUUUUGGGAUUGCCAGGUUCUGCAUCAGACCCUAAUCAGGUAUUUGUGGAUGGUGACAAUGAAACGGAUGAUAAGGACGAUGAGUUUGUAUCUCCCGAACAAAUCCACUCACAGCUGAUAACGAUGUCGACUCUGCCUAACUCGAGGUGGCAAAAUUUACUCAAUAUAGAUAUUGUUAAGAAAAGAAACAAGCCAAAAGAGGCUCCGAAAGCACCAGAGGCUGCUCCUUUCUUUCUUCCUACAAUUCCCUCCUUGGAAGUUCAGUUCGACUUGGGAGAUACGAAUUCAAAAGAACAGACUAGUAGGAUGAUGGUACCUACGAAUUUUGAAAGCCUUACAGUUUUUGGAAAGUUGUUGCAACUUUCAAGUGAGAUAAAUGAUUUUUCUGAGGUUGUAGAAAGAAUCAAAUCCCUUGGGCCCAGUGCGAUUGACUUUGAAAUACAAUCCCUUGCAUUGCACAUGGGAGGCUCAGUUGAAGUUAUGUCUCAAUUUUUAAAAAUGAUUUUCUCCAUGCUAAAUAGUAGAAAGGAUUUUGAACUAGCCCAAGCGUAUCUUGGAGCAUUUUUGAAAGCUCACGGUAAAACGAUAGCUGAGGAGAAACAAUUACGUGAAUAUUUGCCAAUAAUUCAAAAAGCCCAACUAUCUUGUUGGUCCAUGUUACGGAAUGAAUUAUUCUAUAAUCUUAGCGUUGUACAGCAUUUGAAAAGAGUAUAACUGGACUGUGUACAUAUUAUUUUUAUAUAGCAGUUACUUUGAAUAAAUUGCUAACAACCUA